GGGAUGAUCUCCUGAUCCUCUACAACCGGUCAGCAUUGCAUGUAGUCUUCCUGGGUCUCUUAGCUUACGGCUAACCAGCUAGUUAACGGAUCCUGAGUUGCCUCCUCCCCCCCGGACCUCACCAUGCCGUCCCAGGACGCGGAGCUCAUGUGCUCCGUGUGCCGGGACGUGUUCACCUGGGCCACCCCCCUGCCGUGUGGACACACCUUCUGCCCCGCCUGCAUCCGUGAGGCCUGGGGGCCCCCCUCCUCCACCCCCUCCUCCUCCUCUCCCCCUCCCCCGGGGGUCAAAGGUCGCUUCUCCUGCCCCCAGUGCCAGGAGCACCGCGCCGUGGUGCCGUGCGACUGCUGCACCCCUCCCCCGCCGGCCACCGUCGUCACGGAAACCGCCGCCCCCACCGAAGCCGUCAAGACGUGCCUGAGGUGCGAGGUGUCGCUGUGCGCGCGACACCUGCGCCCCCACCUGGAGAGGCCGGCGUUCCGCCACCACCAGCUGGUGGACCCCCUGGGGGGCGGCGGCGGCGGGGGGGGUCUGGAGGGCCGGCGGUGCCCCGAGCACGCCGAGCCGUACCGCUACUACUGCUCUGAGGAGCGCGCCUACGCCUGUGGGGACUGCCUGCUGGCCGGGGGCCACGCCCAGCACAGGGUCCGACCCCUGAGGCAGGUGGAGGAGGAGCUGAAGGUGAUCCUCCGCACUCUCCUCCUGAAAGCCGAGGACAAGCUGAAGGACGGACUGCAGGUCCUCAGAGACCAGGAGCAUGUGGACCGCAGCAUAGCGGAGUCCUGGCAGGAGAACGAGGAGCAGGUGGAGCGCCUGGGCGUGGCGCUGCGGGCGGAGGUGGAGGCGCUGCAGGGGGCGCUGAGGACAGCCACCCGGCGGGAGAGGCAGCGGGCCGAGGGCCGCGCGGCGGAGGAGGGCUCCCGCGUGAAGAGCGGGCUGGAGCAGACGCGGAGCAUCAGGCACUACCUGGCCGCCCUGCUGGCAGAGGAGGACCCCUUCCUGCUCAUCUGGGCUUUUCAAUCGGAUGACUCCAGGUUAGUGUCCGACCUGAGCGGCCCGCUGCUGGCCCCAGAUCCGCCCACCCUGGACCGGGGGCGGCUCCUGGAGGAGCUGGAGAGCAGGUAUCGGGUCUUCAUCACUGAGACCCUGCGUUGCCUCGGUGACCUGAAGAGGGAGCUCCUGAGCAGUCCCCUGACCCUGGACACCAACUCGGCCCACCCCCUGUUGAGCGUCUCCGACGACCUUCGCUCCGCCGCCAGGGUCAAAGGUCGGCUGCCGUGCGCCGCCCACCCAGAGCGCUUCGACCACUGGCCUCAGGUGCUGGUGGCGCAGAGCGUCGCCGCGGGAACGCACUACUGGGAGGUGCUGGCCGAGGGCUUCUGGGACAUCGGCGUGUGCUACAAGAGCAUCGGACGCAAGGGCCGCGAGGGGAACGCCUUUGGGAACAACCCGGUGUCCUGGAGUUUAACCCAGCAGCACGACAGGAAGCUGGCGGCCUGGCACAACCGCAGGAAGACCCGCCUCGCCUGCCAGAUGAGUGGCAACCGGGUCGGUGUGGCUUUGGACUACGACGCGGGAACCAUCACGUUCUGUGAGGUGUGCUCGUCCGGGGGUCUCGCCCACCUGUACACCUUCUCCACGACCUUCAGCCAGCCGGUGUGCUUGGGCUUUGGCCUGUACAAAGCGGAGCUCAACAGCCGCGUGUGUGUGCUUAAAGUUUGAGCCACCAGGGGGCGACAUUGAGAACUCAGUGAAACGGGGGGAGACUGAAUGAAUACGUGGAAUUGGCGGAACUUCUUUUUUGAUGGCACAGCUAUAAAUAAAAAUGAACCAGCCUGUUUGGCCAAAAGGACUGUAGUGGUUUUUCAGGAUAUUAGGCUAGGACAAAGAAUAUUUAUAUGGAUUUGAUGAGCGAUAGCGUUAGAAUCAUCAUAUAAUAUUAUUUAGUGAUGGGAUAAUAUGCCCAAACAUAUGGGAAUUGAUCACAAAUCACUAAACCUCAAUUGAAGUCCCUGUUAGAAGAUGGGUUUUAAUUAUACAAAUACCAUCUGUUUCAAAGUAAGCAGCCCAAUCAAUCUAACUUUGACAUGUGGGCGGGGUUGAUUUUAGCAAGCCUGCCAUAAGUUAUCAAAGAAGAUAUACCUAUGUCAAAUCACUCAGAUCACACACAAGAUGGCACACUUAUGUUGUUUUGAUUAAUGCAAUUAGUUUAAUAAUGUAAGUUUGCAUGCUUAUUAUUAAGUUUUCUUUUAUUUUCUUAAACCCAGUAUCUAAAGACCCACGCUUAUUGGGGAACUUUUCUUGCACUUACUUGUUUUAGCCAAAAGGUGGCGAUAUUUAAUACAAUAACUUUAGGAGUUCGUUUAUUUAGCAAGGGCUAUUUUUGAUGUUUCGAUAAAUCCCUCAGGCUUGGUUAAAUGUACAAAUUGAAUUGGAAUGGAUUGCUUUACAGAAAAACGUGUUAAUAUUGUACAAGAAAAAUUGGACCUGAAGGUUUCACUAGAAUUUUGAAAUGGCCCACUUGAGAAUGUAUCAAAUAUGAGUUAAGAGUGAAAAACAAACAAAUGUAUUCAUUAAAAAAAUAUAUAGAA